GUAAACAUGAUGAGGUUCGAACCAGGCGGGCAGAUCCACAAAUAGUAGCGGGAGGAGCCGAAAUAGUGGCUAAGCAAGGCAAAAAGAUUAUCGACAAGGGUCAGGAAAGAGUUGAUGAACAGCAAAAAAGGGCUGAAGACUUCCUGAAACAAAAGAUUUCCUUGGACAUCAGACCCGACGUUGGAUGGAAAAACGAUGACAUGUUUGCACCACCCGGAUUGCAUUAUGGGAUUGGUCUGUCGAGUGACGAUGAUAGAAGUAAAGCGGAGAGCAAAGCGUCAGAAAAGAUGGACCCGCCCCCAUACUCAUACGCCAACGGCUUUGUUGGACCCGCUCUCAUGAAUGGGUGCUUUGGUAGCGGUUAUCAACCCGGGGAUCCGUGUUACACCGCCAAAGAAACUACAAAACAAUGUCGGAACAUGAUUGACGGGGCUGCCUUUAUUGGUGUUGGGUUUGACGGCAAAGGAGAGUUCAGCCCUGAGUCCAGGAAAAUGAGCAUCAUACAGAGAAGCUGUGGAGGACAUUCCAAAUACGAUGGUGACCAGGUUCCAGACACGAUGAACGUCCACGGCAUCUACGACACGUCCGCCCACAUGUACACGUUCUCGUCACGAUCCGAGUAUCAGAGUUUCCUGCAGAAGGAAGCUGGAGUCUCGGGGUCUUUCUUAUUUUUCUAUGGUGGAGUCAAGAAAGCUUGGGGAACCUCUGAGAGCUCCAACACACAGCAGUAUCUGUCUGUCUAUGACAUCGAUGUUUCAAGAUAUGAGAUUUUCAAGGACGAAGUAAAGCCAUCAGACCUCAGCCAGUCCUUUCUCAAAGAAUUUUUGGACUUACCUGAAUCAUAUUCGAAUUCCAAUGAAGCCAGGGCUUUUCAGGACUUCAUUCUUCGCUGGGGGACCCACUAUGUCAAGUCUGCAAAGUUCGGUGGGCAGCUCGAGUUCAGGAAGACUCUCCAAGGCACCUCAAUAGCAUCAAAAGAGGAAGCGUCCGUUGUCAUGGAAGCGGAGUACAAAGGCCUGUUUACAAGCGGCGGUGCUAAGUACUCAUCUAAAGAAGGGACAACCGAAAAAUCAGAGAAUAAAUACUCCGCAUCUUCGAUUGUUGUUCAAGGAGGAAGUCACGAGAUUGCUGCUGUCAUUGCCGAUGAAGGCACUCCUCUGUUCAAGAACGAGCUAAAGGAAUGGUUAGCCAGCAUCCCCAAAUAUCCCAAAGCAUACAAGUUCCAUUUGGGGAGCAUCACAGAACUCGUCAAUUUCCGCGCGGGCGAGUUGUUCCCUGAGAUGUACUCAGGCAAAGGGUGCGACACAGCUGCUCUAAGUAUGGAGCUAGAUAAAAAAUGCAAAUUUAAAAGCCGCAAAGCGUUGGAAAUAAAGAUCAGAAAAACAAGAAAGAGCCUAGAACGAGCGAUAGAAAUCUACUUGAGUGAGAAUCCUAAUCUAUCGAACGAAAUCGUUAUCGGCCCCGGUCCCCCGUCCUGUGAACUUGGCCUUGGCGGACUUACUGAAGUAAAAACGCAUCCGAAAUGGGUUCAACUAAAAGAGACAACAAACAUCGCUGAGGUGGAGUUUGACAUGCGCGAGCCUCUUUACGGGAAACAUGCAACUAUAGCAAAGGACAUGAAAAGGCGGAUUAAAUUCAGGAAUAACAAAUGGUUCACGAGUGACGAGACCGGAAAAUUCGUUCUGUACAACGCUUAUCCUGAGAAGACUUCAGACAAUAAGAAGAUCAUUACGAUACUUGGUGUAGAAUUGGUUUACAACGAGGGAACAGGUUUACUCACGCUAAACGACGCCUACUUUAAAGGGAAAAAUAAACCAUACAACAUAAAACUGAAGGAUAUACCAGUUGCUUUAGUUACAUGGCCGAGAAGCGGUAAGCAAGAACGGCGCUCAGGUAAACGUGAAAUGGUAGAAAGUGACGAACUGAGACAGAUCCUAUGGCCUUGUAAUGUGGAAUGGCUUAACGAGAACAUGGUCAAGCGGUCACGGGAAGGCGAGUGUAUACAUUUCGCAGCGGCCAGUGCAGGACCAGUCUACGUCGUGUUCUCAUUGAACCCGAGCAACAAGGACACGUGGUACCACCUAAGAAUUGGCCAGGAAAAUGUUGCUAUCUUUAAGAAAGGCCUCCAUAAAGUUGGGACUACCGACAAGAGUGCCCUUGGACUUGGUGACCCGUUCCUGUUCCAGCCGUACUUCGUGUGUAUAAAGGAGGGCGAGGGGAGUACUGUUAUUGAGUACGGGAAAUCUCAUGGACGUGACCACAGAGGAGACGUGUAUUUAUCCCUUGUGGACACAGAGAAUCCCAUUGAUGCUUCGUACUAUGCGUUUGGAAACGGCGAAAAUUCUCUGCAAGUCAGUAAUGUCCACGUGGUUAAAGGGAGAGCCUCAAUCCAGACGAAAUGUAGAGGCGUUACUUUAAGUCCCGAAGAAAACAGCCCAUACUGUGUUAACAAGCCAUGCCACAGACUCUGUGAUCCUUUAAUGGGCUGUUCCAGCCAAGAUGACCCUUCACAAUGUGGGCGAUGUCGUCACGCAAAAAUUGGAAAUACUUGUGUUGAGAGGUGUACUGUAGAAGGACAAGAACCCAAGGGCGAAGAUAAACUAUGUAUAGGUUUAUUUGCAUGUGGAAUGAAAAACAAAGUCAUCCCUGACAGUGCGAUCACCGCGUCUACCAAGUGGGACUAUAGACACCGUCCCCAGCGAUCGAGGCUCGAUACAGUGUUAGACUCAAGGGGCUCUGGCUCGUGGGCCUCGGAAGUCAUGGACAAAAACCAAUGGCUCCAAAUCAAAUUUGGAGGAACCACAAAAAUUACAGGGAUAGUCACCCAAGGGCGGCAGGAUUAUGACCAGUGGGUGACCGAGUACAAAGUGGAGUACAGUGAGAAUGGAUCAGAUUUUACCUCCUACGAUGGCGGGAAAAUACUCACAGGGAAUACGGAUAGGAAUACAAAGGUGCAGCACAUUUUCAGGCCAACAAUUUCAGCCAUAAUUAUCCGCGUGAGACCUGUAACUUGGCAAGGACAUAUCUCUAUGAGGAUGGAGCUAUUAUGCAAUAAAUCAUCUUUAUAUAAGUAGUGUCACGGCGCUUUUUAUGGACCAGGCUAUCUUUAGAUGCGCGCGCACGAGCGGUUGUUUGUUUGGAUGUUUGUUGCGCGCGCAAAUUUCAUUUAGGAAGAAUUUAUUUUAUGUGUUCUCACCCGUCGGUUUGAAUCUGUUUACAAAAAAAAAAUACUGCAAAUUAGAAUUCAAAGUCGGUAGAGGUGGAUCUAUAAGCUCAAAUUUAAGAACAGAACAACGAAAGUCAAAGUAUCGGAGAGAGAACAUGGCUUUUUGUUUGAGACUGCGCGGGCAGAUGUGUUAAGCCAAAACGUCAACACAAAGGUCGCAUCUUAUUGGCUAAUCCGCGUGUCUAAAAAUAGCCUGAUUCACGAAAAUGCUGCAUUCGCCCCUUAUUCCACCCGAACAAGAAAAUUUAAGAAAUUGUACUCAGUUAGUGAGAUCCAGGUUAUUACAGUUGUGUGCAACUUAUUAUUACAAUUGUGGGUUUAGUACAUUUGUAGACAACUUCUUAUUACAGUUGUGGCAUGUUAAAUUUGGGCACCAAGAUGUAAGAGAACGAACUAAAAAGCGGAGCCAGCAUUGAACACGUUUUGUGUUGACUGAUCGAGGUAAUUUUGGGGGAUCUAGGAUCCCGCUUCACUGAGAUAUACUGUACAUCUGUUGCAUUUUGAUCACACUUUGACUAUUUCACUUUGUUGCACAGGUUUAUGAAAACCACUUUUAUUGAAACCACUCUAUUCAUCAAUGGUUUCCCAACAGCUUUAGGAUAUAAGCCUAUGGUGAAAAAAUGUAUUCAACACAUCGUAGAAAGUAUCUCAUUCUAACUACAUCCUUCUUGCUCAAAGUUGAUCUAGAGAAUAUUGAAUAAACCUUCAACCUCUCUCAAACAUGGCCUCCAAUAAUAUAGAAACAAUUUUAAUGCAGUUUUUGGUAAUGUUGUUUGGUUUCUUUUUAUAGAAUAAUCAUGCUUUAAGGUAAUCCAUAAAAUUAUAAUAAUAAUGACACAUGGAUGUUGUAAAUCUCCCAACUGUGAGAGACGGGAAGUAUUAAUGAUUAAUUAAAAAUUGUUCUAAAUGGA